GUAAUGGAGAUUUGAGGAAGAAGAGAUUGAAAUUGAAAAUAAUGGUGGAGGGUUGGAGAAAUGGGUUUCGCGAGGCUACGAAUUCGAAACCUCUGUUCGUGACGAUCUACGCGACGGUGAUCAUUGGCGUUCUCGUCUCCUCUUUCUAUGUCUUCUCCGCCAUUUACUCUCCCACCAAUGGCUCCUCCUCCUUUCUCUCUUUUCCUCCUCUAUCCACUGCUGGCCGAAUUCACCGUCUUCCACAAGAUAAUGCAACCUUAGAGUUACCUGUUGCUCCACCACCACCACCACCACAACAGGCACUGCCACCGCCAGUUCUAGAGGAGGCUCAAGGAAAAUCAUUGGGUAAAAUUUGGGUGUCUCCUCCUCGAGACAAGAAGAUGCCAUCACUUGAAACCUUUAAACUGACCAAAGAAUUGUUUGGGGAAAGAGUGAAGGACAAUGUCAUUAUAGUGACCUUUGGGAACUAUGCUUUUAUGGAUUUCAUCUUGACUUGGGUUAAACACUUGACUGAUUUAGAUCUCUCCAAUAUUCUUGUUGGUGCGAUGGAUACAAAGUUAUUAGAGGCUUUGUACUGGAAAGGCGUUCCGGUUUUUGAUAUGGGAAGCCAUAUGAGCACAGUGGAUGUCGGGUGGGGUUCUCCAACAUUCCACAAAAUGGGAAGAGAAAAAGUUCUUCUCAUAGAUUCUGUCUUGCCUUAUGGUUACGAGCUACUAAUGUGUGACACUGACAUGGUGUGGCUUAAGAACCCUAUGCCUUAUUUGGCUCGAUACCCAGAUGCUGAUGUUUUGACAUCAAGCGAUCAAGUUGUGCCUACCGUCAUAGAUGACAGUUUGGACAUAUGGCAACAAGUUGGUGCUGCCUACAACAUAGGAAUUUUCCAUUGGCGGCCGACAGAAUCUGCCAAAAAGUUGGCAAAAGAAUGGAAAGAAAUUCUCUUAGCGGACGAUAAGGUUUGGGAUCAAAAUGGGUUCAAUGAGAUUGUUAGGAGACAGCUAGGUCCAUCUGUGGAUGGGGAUAGUGGACUUUUCUAUGCUUAUGAUGGAAAUCUCAAGGUUGGAAUUUUGCCCGCUAGCAUAUUUUGCAGCGGCCAUACUUAUUUUGUUCAGGCUAUGUAUCAACAGCUCAGGCUAGAACCAUAUGCCGUGCAUACAACAUUCCAAUAUGCAGGUACCGAAGGAAAACGCCACAGGCUUCGAGAGGGGAUGGUUUUCUAUGACCCACCAGAAUAUUAUGAUUCACCAGGAGGUUUCAUUGCGUUUAAACCAUCUAUUCCAAAGAGCUUGUUACUUGACGGGAAGCAUACCAUUGAAUCGCAUUUUAUCCUCGUUAAUCACCAAAUCAAACAGAUCAGAUCAGCUCUAGCCAUUGCGUCUCUUCUUAAUCGUACACUGGUGAUGCCACCAAUAUGGUGCAGGUUAGAUAGGCUUUGGUUUGGACAUCCCGGUACUCUUCAGGGAUCUAUGACCCAACAACCUUUCAUCUGCCCGCUUGAUCAUGUCUUUGAGGUCAAUAUCAUGCUAAAGGAGCUACCAGAGGAAGAGUUUGGCCCUGGGAUUGGUAUCAGAGAAUAUUCUUUUCUAGAUAACCCAGCAUUGCCGAAACAAGUAAAAGAGUCAUGGCUUGAUGUUCAGCUUUGUCAAGAAGGAAAAGAAGGAUGUGAGCCAUCGAAUAACACAAGCCCCUCUCAGGUUCUUAAGUUCCCAAAGCGGAGCAAUGAAGAUACGUUCAAGGCGAUAUUUUCUUCCUUCGAAAAUGUCAAAGUGAUCAAGUUUUCUUCAAUUGAAGAUGCUUUCAUCGGAUUCUCUGACAAGGAGCGAGAAGAGAGAUUUAGAAGACGGGUAAAGAGAUAUGUGGGAAUAUGGUGUUGUGAGGAGAACAAGACUCCGGGACACAUUUACUACGAUAUGUAUUGGGACGAGAAACCGGGUUGGAAACCGGUUCCUCCACAGACACCAGAAGAAGAUCAUCCUCAUCUCUGAUAACAUAACCGAAAAGAAGACUCCAAGAAAGCUUACACUCGAUUUCUUGGGUCACAAGGAGACUUAGGGAGUUUUUUUUCAUACGGAAAUUUUUUACUACUGUGAAACUGUAUCUUUCUUUUCUCUGUCUUACUCAAUGUAUCAUGUUAUAACAAUAGGUUUGGACACAGAGAAAAUUGUUUCUUCUUUUCAUAUAAUUUCUCUGUAGAUUUUUUUUAUCAAUAAAUGGCUUAUUUAGUU